AUGGUCGUCGUUGCAGUCGCCGGUGGAACCGGAACCGUGGGAAUGACCAUAGUUGAUGCUUUCAAAGAAGAUGGAGAACACGAAGUAAUUGUUCUGGCACGAAAGGCCCCUGGAGGCGAUAAUGCUAUUCCGGUAUUUGCUGUCGAUUACAACAACAUCGAGCAGCUCACCCAAACUCUUGAAGAGAACAAGGUGCACACCGUCAUCUCUGCGAUUGUCAUGUAUGAGCCUGUAGCAGUGCAUUCAGAGCGCAACUUGAUCGCAGCAGCAGCAAAGUCUGCCUUCACUAAGCGCUUCCUGCAAAGCAACUGGGGCGAUAAAAUGCCGGAAGACGAAACGUUACAAAUUCGAGCUAACGUCUUCCGAGAACAAAGUCUCGAGGUCCUUCGCAAAACGGAUCUCGAAUGGACUCAAGUCCAUAACGGGCUCUUCCUUGACUACUACGGCAUGCCACAUGUCAAGACCUACCUCAAUCCGCCUGUAAACUUUGUAGACAUAGCGCACAAGACGGCCGCAAUUCCAGGCACAAACGGUAACGAGAUGAUCAACUUCAGCUACAAAAAAGACGUGGGCAAGUUCGUGGUCGCGGCACUAGGCUUGCCAAAGUGGGAGGAGGUUCUGUGUUGCUACAGUGACCAGGCAACGAUCAGCGAGAUUGUGAAGCUUGGAGAAGAGGCGACUGGCGAAAAAUUCAAAGUUGUGUAUGACUCAGUCGAGAAACUUCGACGUGGCGAGAUCACAGAGUUGCCCACACAUCAAUAUUUGUACAAUUCCUUUCCCAAGCCGCUUCUUGCUGAACUCUUGUCGAAAUUUGGUCUCUGGGCUGUCAUGGGCAUUAUGUUCUAUCCAAAAGAGGAAUCGCUGAAUGAGAAGUUUCCGGAUAUCAAGACCAUAAGCGUCAGGGAAAUGGUCGGUGCUUAA